AUUCUUUUUAGCUCUUUCACGCUGCCAUUGUGCGAACCAGAAAUUACAGAGAUAUACAAAUAACGCGUGCCGACUCGGUGGCACAAUCCAUUGUCGCGUCUUCGUAGAUGAUGGUCUAUUGGACGCCACGGGACGUUCUAUAUAAACGAUCUGUGCGUCUAGACGUUCCUCCAGAUAUCCUAUUCCUCAACCUUGAAGCCACUUUCUCAGACAAUGACGAAGACCCACCGCCGUCGUUCUUCUCGAUACUCUUAUCCACCAGAGAAUUACUCGACACUCUUCAAUCGCGCCUUUGAACCUCGGUUUAUCACCCAGACCUUUCAUUUUGGAGAUUUUAAAUGCGCCGCUCUGCUGCACGAGGACGUCAAGAAAUCCCUACCGCAAGUGUUCAAUCGGCCUUCUUAUCACCGUCAACUCGCGUUCGGAACCCGACACGCUGGGACCAAAGGCCUAGGGAUGUUCUCUCGCUGUGGCAUACCCGCCGGCAGUAUCAUUCUCGCCGAACAUCCUCUUGUCGCCAUGCCACGCAGUUCGUCUACCAACACAUCGAUGAUUUCUCUCUUGUUAUCCGAAGUCCACCCCAAGGAAAAGACCGAAUUCAUGAAUCUGUUCAAUUCCCAGCCGCUCGAGGAGCCGAUGAAAGCUAUCAUACAGACGAACGCCUUCUUGAUCGACUUGCCCGUUGAAGAUCCCGAAUUAGCUGCUUAUCAUGCUGUUUUCCUCAAGGUCAGCCGAUGCAACCAUAGCUGCUCACCGAACGCUCACUGGAAAUGGGAUCCCGCUUCAUUUUCCUUGACUCUCGAAGCAGUCCGGGCUAUCGGACCCAACGAGGAGAUCACGAUCCAAUACAUCGACAGCUGUGUAGAGCGUGAACAACGCCUCGUUAAGCUCCGAACAUGGUACAACUUUGACUGUCUCUGCCCGACUUGCACCCUCCCACGGGAAUCCAUCAUACAGAGUGACUUCGCCCGAGAAGAACUCUUCCAACUCAGUAAGCACAUGCCGACCUUCGAAACGUGGUGCGCAAGCGAAUCGCUAUCGGAUGAUUACAUGAUUCGAAUGCAUCAACGUGCGCUAGAGCUACGAGAGGCGGAGGGGUUGCAGUUGUUUGAGUCUCGGAAGCAUAUCGAUGCUAUCGCGAUGUGCUACGGGGCUCUGGGCGACGUACCGAUGUUCAGGUGUUGGACUGAGAGAGCUAGAGAGCUGAGGGCGACGAGUUAUUCGGGGGAAUGUGUUGUUCUGGAUCGAUGGAUGAUGGAUCCUCAAACGUUCCCUGUCUGGGGGUGGAGAAAUCGCCGGAGGCGUGAUAUUGUUUGAUAUUGGGUUCAUAUAGUAAGCUUGCGGAAGAUGCGGCCAACAGAAAUGAUCAAUAGAGUCGCUUAUUCACUUGCAAUUCUCGAGGACUCGCAUGUCCUCUUCAGCAGCUCGUUGACAGGACGGUUAUCAAACGGUCAACGUAUGUUUCACCGAGAUUACUUGUAUCCUUGGUGAUGAACGUCGAGCCACACAUGUGAAUUGGCGCUUAUUUCCAAACCUUUCCCAUGC